GUCCCGGGGCCAGACAGCCUCAUGGAGCCCCAGGGGGCGCUAAGUUUGGAGAAACAGGGACCUGCGCUCUUUGGAGAGCCCCCGCCAGCCGAGGUGCUGCCCACUCCGGGGGGCGACGGCGGCGGCGCGUCGGAAGCCCAGAGCCCCGACGCUGACCCCUUGUCCGCGGAGGAAGAGGCCGCCUCCCAGGAGCCGGAGGAGCUGCUGGAGUGCCGCCGCCGCCUCCCGCGUUCCUUUUCCCUGCCCGCCGACCCGAUCUUGCAGGCGGCCAAGCUGCUGCGCCAGCGCCAGCAGCUUGGCCUGGGGCUCGGCCCGGAGGGCGGCGAGGGGGCCGAGGGCUUGCCGCACGGUCCCGGCAGCUGCUGCGCCAAGUGCAAGAAGCGAGUGCAGUUCGCGGACGCGCUGGGGCUAAGCCUGGCCAGCGUGAAGCACUUCAGCGAGGCGGAGGAGCCGCAGGUGCCGCCCGCCGUGCUCUCCCGCCUGCGCAGCUUCCCCAUGCGCGCCCAAGACCUGGAGCAGCUUCCCGGCCUGCUGGCCGCGGCGGCCGCGACCGCGGCCCUCUCUGCGCCGCCUCCCCGGCUUCGGCCUCUUUUCGAGCUUCCCGGGCCCAGCGCCGCCGCCGAGAGACUGCGGCGGCAGCGCGUGUGCUUGGAGCGCGUGCAGUGCUCGGCGUCCUCGGGAGCGGAGGUGACAGGCUCCGGCCGGGUGCUGGGCUGCCCCGGGCCGAGAACCGUGGCGGUGCGCUACACCUUCACCGAGUGGCGCUCCUUCCUAGACGUGCCGGCCGAGCUGCAGCCCGAGCCGCCGGCGGAGCCACAGCCACCUGAGGCGCCGUCGGGGGGGCCCGGGGGCGCCGAGGAGGAGCCAGGCGCCGAGCGCUUCCACUUCUCGCUGUGCCUGCCCCCCGGCCUGCAGCCCCAGGAGGGGGAAGACGCGGACGAACCGGGCGCCGCGGUCCACUUCGCCGUGUGCUACCGCUGUGCCCAGGGCGAGUACUGGGACAAUAACUCGGGGGCCAACUACACGCUGCGCUAUGUGCGCCCUUCCGACGCGCUCUGAGCCCAAGGCCGGGCUCCAGGCCGCGCGCCGCCCCAGAGCAACCGGGUGACCUGCGGGGACGAUUUGCUGAGCCCCGUACCUCGGGGAAGGAAAGGAGGGAGCCGUUCAACGGCAAACUUUCACCAGGACGGAUCCGGCGAGUGAGCCUUGUGAGCACCGAAACUCCUCGCCCGUUGUCUCCUCGUUUAGGCCUUCCUCCGCUGCUUCUGGGAUUCUCGCUCUGCGUCAGAAUGGGAAGAAAUUCUCAAGAUUCUGAGCCAUAGCUUUCUCCAAGAAAAAGUCUCCUGACCCUUGCGCCUAAUUGUAAGACCUUGGGAUUUGUUUAAAACUAUAGGCAAAGUGUUUUCGCCGUUGCUGCUUGUUGGAGAUGCCUGAGUCUCAGGGAAAGGACAGGCAUCCUGCCACAUCAUGCCAGGAGAAUGCACUGGACCGUGGGCGUGAAGGGGAGCCUUCGCAGAGGGGCCUGUUUCUCUGAGAAAACCGGGUGGGGCCUGGGCUGGGCGGUCCUUUUCUCUUAACUGGGAUCUGGGAGAUGUUUGCACAGACUGGACAUUACUUGGGCCUAUGUGUACACAUGUCCUUUAAAAAAGUAAAGGCAACUUGCACACUC